UAAACACAAUAAUUGUGUGCCUUCCAACUCCAGCUUCAAUAAAUAAAGGACAACUCCUGGUAAACAAUCUGAAUCUAACCACAAUCUGAAUCUAGCCACAAUCUCAAACAAAUUCUCAUUCAAAAUCAAACUUAUAAAUCCCCCACUUUACAUUACUUUUUCCUCAUACAUCAUCAUUGAUUGCCCACAACACUGCUUUUAAAAAUCUAAUCUUGUUGUUGUGGGACAAUCAUAACUUUGAUUUUCUGUUUUUUUGUUGUUGUUGUUGUUGUUGUUUUCUUUGAUGGGUGUUUCGGUUGGUUCAAAAUCACCAAAGGGUUCAUGGAGAUCUUUCACUAGAAGAAAGCAGGUUGAUUCUGCACAUAAAAACACUAAGCCUUUGCUUGCAAAGGAAUUAACUGUUUCUCAUCUCAUUGCAAUUGGUGUUGGUUCAACAAUUGGUGCUGGAGUGUAUGUUUUGGUUGGAACAGUUGCAAAAGAGCAUUCUGGACCAGCUUUGGCUAUUUCUUUUCUGAUUGCUGGAUUAGCAGCUGGUCUCUCUGCCUUUUGCUAUGCAGAGUUGGCUUGUCGAUGCCCUUCUGCUGGAAGUGCAUAUCACUAUUCAUAUAUAUGUCUUGGAGAAGGUGUUGCUUGGUUGAUCGGAUGGUCGUUGAUACUGGAAUAUACAAUCGGUAGCGCUGCUGUUGCUCGUGGCAUAACCCCCAAUAUUGCUCCACUUUUUGGUGGUCUGGAUAAUCUACCCUUCUUUUUGUCGCGCCAACAUAUUCCUGGAAUUGAUAUUGUUGUAGACCCAUGUGCAGCAAUUUUGGUAUUUGCUGUUACAGGACUUCUAUGUUUGGGGAUCAAGAAGAGCACAGUCGUACAAGGCAUAGUGACAUCAGUGAAUGUAUGUGCAUUGCUUUUUGUCAUAGUAGCUGGUGGUUACUUGGGAUUCAAGUCUGGAUGGGUUGGAUAUGAACUUCCUACUGGGUAUUUUCCUUUUGGGGUUGAUGGGAUGCUUGCCGGUUCCGCAACAGUUUUCUUUGCAUAUGUAGGUUUUGAUGCAGUUGCUAGCACUGCUGAAGAGGUGAAAAAUCCUCAACGAGAUUUGCCACUUGGUAUUGGUGCUUCACUGUUUCUAUGUUGUGGAAUGUAUAUGCUGGUUUCCUUUGUUGUAGUUGGUUUGGUACCUUAUUAUGCAAUUGAUCCCGAUACCCCUAUAUCCUCUGCAUUUGCUGAACAUGGGAUGCAAUGGGCAGCUUACAUUAUAAAUGCUGGUGCUUCCACAGCUCUCUGCUCAGCAUUGAUGGGUGGGAUACUUCCCCAGCCACGAAUUUUGAUGGCUAUGGCAAGGGAUGGACUAGUGCCACCAUUUUUGGCUGACAUAAACAAGCACACUCAAAUUCCUGUCAAGAGCACAAUAAUUACCGGUCUAGCGGCUGCCGUCUUGGCAUUUUCUAUGGAAGUCUCUCAACUUGCAGGGAUGGUUAGUGUCGGUACGCUUUUAGCGUUCACCAUGGUGGCAAUAUCUGUUCUGAUCCUAAGAUAUAUUCCUCCAAAUGAAGUCCCAGUGCCUCCUUCUCUCCAGGAUUCAGUUGUAGAGAUCAAUGUGGAAUAUGAAGAGGAAAAUAUCAGUACUUCUGAAGACACAAAACCUUUAGAUGUUAAGGGGGAUUUUCCCAUUGAUUAUCCCCUUAUUUCUAAACACCUUACCAUAGAUAUAAAUGAGAGCAAUAGAAGAAGAGUUGUUGGGUGGACCAUAGCAAUCAUAUGCUUAGGGGCGUUUGUGCUCACAUAUGCAGCUUCAUGUUUAACUUUUCUUAGUUCUGUUCGCUACACAUUGUGUGGAGUCGGAGGCACUCUUCUUGUGUCUGGAUUCGCCUUCCUAACCUGUAUAGAUCAAGAUGAUGCAAGGCACAGAUUUGGUCACUCUGGAGGUUUUACAUGCCCAUUUGUGCCACUGCUGCCUACAGCUUGCAUUCUCAUCAAUUCCUACCUACUUGUUAAUCUUGGAGCUGAAACAUGGAUGCGUGUUUCUGUGUGGCUUGCAAUAGGGUUACUAAUUUAUGUGUUCUAUGGCCGAACUCAUAGCUCUUUAAAAGAUGCAAUUUAUGUGCCAAUAAGUCAAGAAGCUGAAACUUAACAAACUCGUAGAAGCUAUCUUGCUUGGUAUUUAUAGAAGAAAUCAGUGUGUGGAAGUUGCUAGCUAGAGAAAAUAUUUAAUCAUUGUACAGAAGAAAAUGCUUCUCCUUAAUCUUAGGGUCCUGUAUUUGUUUUCUUCUAGAGAAAAAUGUCUUUAUUAUAUGCCUUAAUUAUAUCCCUUCUUCACCAUAAUUUACAAUUUGUAUGAGUAGAUGACAGACAGUACUUGUGUACUGGUUGGAUUCAUGUUCAAAAAAUGUAAAUAUUUUUUAAAUAAUUAGUUACCGUCAUUAUUUGUUGCUUUA